UUUGAACAUAAAGAAACUAUUUCGUUAUAAAUGCCUACUCAAGGGAUAAAACAAUGCAAAUUAAAUAUCACUGUAAUCGCAAUUACUAAAAUUAACAGCUGCGGGUGAUUUGGAAAAAAAGAUUCUUUAUUCAUUCUUUUUAUUACCCUUAAUUACGACACAUAUUUUCAUCGUGGUUCAAUAUAAUGACGUUCUCAACGCUUUUUUUUCAUUCCUUUCAUUCCAGUUUUACAGUCUUCUGUUUUUACGUGUGUAACCCUUAUUACGUGAAGUAUUCAAACGAUGCAAAGCUAUCAUAUGCAUAACAACACAGCUGAAGUUCAAAUUUAUCUAGCUGUAACUGAAAGACUCUUAUUCACAGUUUUCUAUGGAAUUAUCUUGGUUGGAGGAAGCGUUACAAACCUGUUACUUGUUAAAAUAAUCCUCGCGCAAAAUAGACUACGAAGUGUUCCCUCAAACCAAUGUAUAGUAGCUUUAUCAAUGAUACAUAUAGGUGUUUGCCUUACCAAUGCUCCCUAUCAGAUAUUUCAAUUCAAUGUACCAGGAGAUAGUGUGAAACAGAGCGACGUGGUGGUUUGUAAAUGUCUUAUGCUGUCAUCAAGCUCUACUAUAUUUAUGGUCACGUCAAGCUUGUCCGUAUUAAGUUUAGAUCGUUUUAUCGCAAUUUCCAGGCCUUUUUUUUACAAACGGUUUGCUACAGCAAAGAUUAUAUCUUACAUGAAUAUGUUUUUGGUCAUUGAAGCUAUCCUGGCUUCACUAUCUACAUUGACUCUGAAAAACUCGCUGGUUCAUUAUCCUAACAGGCCUGGAAUAUUUUGUGGCAUUGAAGGCGAAAAUUUGAGUCUCAUUUAUAUCUCAUACCUAUCUAUUUUCCACGCUUUCGUUCCAGCUUGUAUUAUAAGUUUUUGUAACUUUCAAGUUUUUAAAAUAGCACGGGCAGUUUACUGCGCGACAAGAAACAUCCCGAGGCAUUCAUUUUCAAGUCGAUCAGUUAAGCCAAAUACUAAUGUUGGAGUUGUAAAAAAUUUACAAUGCAGCUCAAAUAACUUGUCCUUCACUGGCAUUGAUGCAACAGGAGAUAAAACAUUGAUCAAAAAAGUUGAUGUUCUCGCUAAUAAAUCUACUUCAUUGGAUCAGAAAACUUUCAAAUCAGAAAAAGUACCAAAUGCACAAGACAACUUCAAAGAAAUCCAUGUUUCCAAAAAUAAUACAGAAAAAAUACCACAAUGUAGGAUUACCGUGCUCACUAGGCGAAAUUCUCUGACAAAGCAUUUGUCGCAAGACAAAAACGCAAUUAAAAUUAAAACAACCUCUACAAAAUCUCUUAAAAUAGAGCAAAAUAUAACUGUUUCAACAAUAUUUACAGUGGCAAUAAAUGUCUUUCCAUGGUUUGGUUUCUGGUUGCCAAGAUUAAUCAGUCGUGUGGGGGAUCAUGAAAUUAUAACUGACAAUGUAUACAUUUACUCUACUUUUCCGUUAGUAUUGACGGCACUUUUUAGUCCACUUGUUGUCUUUGCAACUAGGUCGGAAUUUCGGAAACACUUCCGGGUGUCAUCCACAAGAAAACACCAAGAUACAGAUGCUUUUACCUAAUAAACUGUGAAUAAAUUCAUUAACUUGAACAGAAUCAAAUAUAUGAAAAAGUCCUAAAAAAAAGUAGAAAUAUAAAACGAAUGUAAUUAUUUAUUUCCACAUUUAUCAUUAAAAACGAAAUGUUAAAGAUAUCCAACUUUUCAUUUUUAAUU